AUGGCAGCAAACGCGAGCGCGGUGCAUCAUGCACGGUCGAGCCGAAGCUCAAACAUCCCUCCAUCCAAUAUGGGUGGUGAACGGAAUCGUGGAAGCCAUGGCGGUAUGGGGCAACCUUUUGGUGGCGGGAAGGCGAGCUGGAAGAACACCAUCUGGGGUGACAAUCUAGGAGACCAGCAUGCUGGUGAUAAGGCCUUUGAAGGCAAGGCUGGCUCCAGUUCAUUGUUGUCAUCGUCCGAAUCGGAUGGGUGGAACGGUCGCCCUAAUAUGCCUUGGAGUACUGUGAAUACAUCUUCAAAUGUUCUCGCUAGAGCUACAAAUAACAGCAUGACAACAUCGCCCAUCCAAACCCGGGCGGGUGACCGAGGAACCGGUAGCCUUGCAGAGGCCGGUGACUCCUCGUACUUUACAUUACCCCGAUCGGCGGCAAUCGGUGGCACUGCUGGAUCAACAAAUCAUAAGGCCUAUCUCAACACCGGGUCAGAAGGUAUUUCUCCUUCCGGGGAUGGUAUCACAUUUUCUGGUUUUGGAAAUUUCAGAAAUACAGAGAGCCGGCGACAUGUCAACGCUUCUGCCUUUGGGGGCAGCCCGGUUGGAUCUGGGUUCCCGAUGAAACCUGGAUUCUCUAGCCCGCUCGAGAGUAGCAGGCCUGAUGAAAUGCCAUCCAUGUCUGCUUUACCCCAGGGCUUGCCCGAGACUGUCGCACCGACGCUCGGUCGCAACUCUUAUACGCAUGCGUCACACAACUCGGCAUCCUUCGCGCCUCAGAGACCGGUACAUUCUUCAUACCCAUCAUUUCACUCCGAGAGUCAGGGAUUUGAAGGUCGAUAUGCCGGCGGCCCUGCUGACAUCAAUUCUGGUCUAAGUAAACUCCACUUCAGCGAAGGUAGCUAUUCCGCGCAUCCUUCGAGUACCCGCCCAGGGUAUUUGUCGCACCCAUCUUUCGAUGGCUCUUUCCAGCGCUUGAAAUACCAGGGUGAAGAGCCCGCCUAUCAAGGGGCUGGCUACGCAGGUGAAGGCGCGCCAGAUGUUCAACUUGGAUACCAAGCUCCGAGAAACCGAAUGGGAGAUAACCCGAUCUCGCCGACAGAGUAUGCCAGGGUGGACAGCCCAAUGUAUGCUGCGCUUGACAGUGGGUCGAUGCACGUCCCGCCCUAUAAUAACGCGUCUGCUCGUUUAUCUGAAGCACAGGCUGCUGCUCUGGAGCGCCGUUUGCGAGAGCAGGAGUUAGCCCAACAAGCAAUCAACCCGCUCCAAAGACUGCCCUUUACCCACUACGACCUUGCCCGCUAUCCAGCAACUAGAGGUCACCGCGACCACGAUCCAGCCCAGACAGUGCGAAGUCCAGUAUUAGAAGAGUUUAGGGCGAAUAGCAAGGGAAAUAAACGAUACGAACUGAAGGAUAUUUACAAUCACAUCGUUGAAUUUAGUGGUGACCAGCAUGGAUCGCGUUUCAUCCAGCAGAAACUGGAAACGGCCAACAGUGACGAGAAGGAGCAGGUUUUCCGUGAGAUCCAGGGGGAUAGUCUGCAGUUGAUGACAGACGUCUUUGGAAAUUACGUUGUACAGAAACUCUUCGAACAUGGCAAUCAGACGCAGAAGAAGAUUUUGGCAAAUCAAAUGAAGGGGCAUAUCCUGGCUUUGUCUACUCAGAUGUAUGGAUGUCGCGUCGUGCAGAAGGCGCUUGAGCAUAUUCUCACCGACCAACAAGCUUCUAUGGUGAAGGAGCUUGAACAUCAUGUUUUGCGAUGUGUUCGGGACCAGAAUGGAAACCAUGUUAUCCAAAAGGCUAUUGAAAGAGUGCCGUCUGAGCAUGUGCAAUUCGUCAUCAAUGCUUUCAUUGGUCAGGUCGAAAAGUUAGCUACUCAUCCAUAUGGCUGUCGUGUCAUCCAACGAAUGCUGGAACACUGCAAGGAAGAGGAUCGCGAGGCGAUUCUUGCUGAGCUGCACGUCUGCACCGCCAAGCUGAUUCCCGACCAGUUCGGUAACUACGUGAUCCAGCAUGUAAUUGAGAAUGGCGAGGACAAGGACCGAUCCCGUAUGGUUACAAUUGUUGUGUCAAACUUGUUGACCUACUCGAAGCACAAGUUUGCAAGCAACGUGGUGGAAAAGAGUCUCGAAUUCGGUCUUGAGUCUCAGCGUCACCAAAUCAUCAGCAUGCUGACGUCCACUGAUGACAAUGGGGAGAACCCCUUACUUGGCCUGAUUCGUGAUCAGUUUGGCAAUUAUGUCAUACAGAAAGUUUUAGGUCAGUUGAAGGGCGCAGAAAGAGAGGCUCUUGUUGAGGAAAUCAAGCCUCUCCUCAGCCAGCUGAAGAAGUAUAGCUAUGGCAAACAAAUCGCAGCGAUUGAGAAACUAGUUGCGGACUCAAAUUCGCCAACUAAUGGCACUCUUCCUCCUCAUACUACCUCUACCACACCACCAAACUCGCACAAAUCCUCUCCACAGCCAUCAAAGCGGGCUGUGAACGGCCUUGAUGGCUGCCGAGCGCCAGUCGUGGGCGCGGCGCCCCCGACUCCGCCUCCAACAGACACUCAGAGCAACGGUGAUGGAUCCAGCGACACCAAGACCGAGACUAAGAGCACACCUCUCGCAGCAUCUGAGUCGGCUGGCACGACCCCGACUACUUCUGUGGAGAUCAACGGUCCCAACUAG